UUCCUCUCGACAGACUCCACCCGCUGGAUCUCCUUCCAUUUGCGCGUUCGCAGCCCUCCUUUGACGUGUUCUGCGCCUGGCGGAGCGAAUUCUUACCAUCUUUUUAACCGCCACCACCACCUCUGCCUCCUCCUCCUCCUACUUCCGUUUCCUUCCAUCGUUUUGGUUCUUGGAAUCGUCCCCCUAGCGGAUAUCCGAGCGAUAGGUUCCAUUGUCAAGCUUGUGAUACUGCUACUGUCGAAAUCUCUGUCAUCUUCAAUCAAUUACUGAUUUCACAUCAAGAUGAGCACGUGGAAGACUCCUCUAUCAGGCAAUCAGCAACAACAUGCCAAACCUGGAUUUUCUGGCUCCAACCCUUUUGAUUCUGUUCCUGACUCCGAUCGGUUUGGUGAUAGCAAAGACAAAGGAAGUGGGACAACUUCCUCACAAGUCCUGCAUUCCGGAUUUUCUACUGCAAAAGCCAAAUACAAGAAUGAUUUUCGUGAUUCAGGGGGUAUCGAGAACCAAUCAGUUCAGGAACUGCAAAACUAUUCUGCGUACAAGGCUGAGGAGACUACCAUUAAGCUGAAUGGCUGCCUUAAAAUUGCUGAAGAAAUUAGAGAAGGCGCUUCAAAUACUCUUGUCACCUUGCAUCAACAAGGUGAACAAAUUACUAGGACUCAUCAAGCUGUUGCGGACAUCGAGCCGGACCUUAGUAGGGGUGAAAAACUUUUGGGAAGUCUCGGUGGAUUGUUUUCCAAGAAAUGGAAGCCAAAGAAAACACACAAAAUAAAGGGACCUCUUUCGAUUAAAGAUGAUUCUUCUGAAAGGAGUAGGCACCUGGAGCAAAGGCAGAGGUUGGGAUUGGCAGCUCCUCUGCCUCGGUCAGAACCUCAACAUUUUUCUGAACCAGCAUCUGCCCUCCAGAAAGUCGAGAUUGAGAAGGCAAAGCAAGACGAUGUCCUUUCUGAUCUGAGCAAUUUGUUAGGUGAGCUGAAAAAUAUGGCCAUCGACAUGGGCUCUGAGUUUGAGAAGCAGAAUGUGGCUUUGGACCGGGCGCAGGAUGACGUGGAUGAGAUGAAUACCAGAGUUCACGGAGCAAACCUUCGUGGCCGUCGACUUCUUAGAAAAUAGAUCUUAUUUUUUUACCAAACAAUUUGGAAUAGAUCAUUGGGUUUGAAUGGACGAUACCUGUUUUAGUGAAACAUUUAUGCUACUGUAUUAUAAAUCUGAAGUGCUCAGAUGCACUAGUAAAUUCCUUUUUUGUUUUUUAUAUAUGUAUUCUUGAAUGCACAAGAGGAUAUGUAUUAUUUCUAUUACAGAGAUUUUUUUCUUGUU